AUGGACCACUAUGGACCACAUCACUAUGGACCACUAUGGACCACAUCACUAUGGACCACUAUGGACCACAUCGCUAUGGACCACAUCACUAUGGACCACUAUGGACCACAUGGCUAUGGACCACAUCACUAUGGACCACAUCACUAUGGACCACAUCACUAUGGACCACAUCACUAUGGACCACAUCACUAUGGACCACAUCGCUAUGGACCACAUCGCUAUGGACCACAUCACUAUGGACCACUAUGGACCACAUCGCUAUGGACCACAUCACUAUGGACCACUAUGGACCACAUCACUAUGGACCACAUCACUAUGGACCACAUCGCUAUGGACCACAUCACUAUGGACCACAUCACUAUGGACCACAUCGCUAUGGACCACAUCACUAUGGACCACUAUGGACCACAUCACUAUGGACCACAUUACUAUGGACCACAUCACUAUGGACCACAUCACUAG